AUGUCUAGGAAAAGAAGCACUAAGCCCAAGCCAGUAGCUAAAACGACUUUGAAGAAAGAAAAUGAUCAGUUCCUCGAGGCUUUGAAACUAUACGAAGGGAAGCAAUAUAAGAAAUCUCUCAAGCUGCUAGACACAAUCUUGAAAAAAGAUGGUAGUCACGUUGAUUCCUUGGCUUUAAAGGGUCUUGACUUAUUUUCUGUAGGUGAAAAAGAUGAUGCUGCUUCCUAUGUGACUAACGCCAUCAGAAGAAUUGAGGGCACCUCAGCAUCACCAAUUUGCUGCCAUGUACUUGGUAUCUAUAUGAGAAACACAAAAGAGUACAAGGACUCCAUCAAAUGGUUCACGGCAGCUUUAAACAAUGGAUCCACUAACAAGCAAAUAUAUAGAGACUUGGCUACUUUACAAUCUCAAAUUGGCGAUUUUAAAAAUGCUUUGAUUUCCAGAAAGAAGUACUGGGAAUCGUUUCUUGGCUAUCGUGCUAACUGGACAUCGUUGGCUGUAGCUCAGGAUAUUAAUAGCGAGAGGCAACAAGCCAUAAAUACGCUGUCUCAAUUUGAAAAACUCGCAGAAGGAAAAAUAGCUGAUUCCGAAAAAUAUGAACAUAAUGAGUGCUUGAUGUACAAGAACGACAUUAUGUACAAAGCUGCCGGUGAUAAUCAAGACAAGUUGCAAAAUGUGUUGAAACACCUAAAUGACGUUGAACCAUAUGUGUUUGAUAAAUUUGGUUUGUUAGAGAGAAAAGCAAGUAUCUACAUGAAAUUGGGUCAAAUGAAAGAUGCUUCCAUUGUUUAUAGAACUCUAAUCAAGAGAAAUCCGGAUAAUUUUAAGUACUACAAAUUACUGGAAGUAUCCCUGGGAAUCCAAGGUGAUAAUAAAUUAAAGAAAGCACUGUAUGGAAAACUCGAACAAUUUUAUCCAAGAUGCGAACCGCCUAAAUUUAUUCCAUUAACUUUCCUUGAAGACGAGAAAGAACUUUGCAAAAAAUUAAAGGAAUACGUUUUGCCUCAACUAGAGCGUGGUGUUCCAGCAACGUUUUCCAACGUUAAACCUCUCUAUCAAAGAAGGAAAUGCAAGGUUCCACCCCUAUUGGAAAAAAUUGUGCUUGAUUAUUUGUCCGGAUUGGAUCAUAUGCAUGAUCCAAUCCCAUUUAUCUGGACCAGUUAUUAUCUGGCUCAGCAUUAUCUUUUUGUGAAUGAUUUCCCCAAAGCUCAAGAAUACAUCAAUGCUGCCCUUAACCACACUCCAACUUUGGUUGAGUUCUACAUCCUCAAGGCACGUAUCAUGAAGCAUUUAGGGCUAAUGGAUACAGCCGCUGAGACUUUGGAAGAAGGUAGGCAAUUGGAUUUACAGGACAGAUUUAUCAACUGUAAAACGGUGAAGUACUUCCUAAGGGCAAACAAUAUUGAUAAAGCUGUGGAGAUCGCAUCGCUUUUUACCAAAAACGAUGAUUCUAUCAAUGGUAUUAAAGACUUACAUCUUGUAGAAGCCUCCUGGUUUAUCGUGGAGCAAGCAGAAGCUUAUUAUAGAUUGUAUUUAGAAAGAAAAAAGAGUUUGGAAGAUAUAGCAUCACUGAAGAAUGAGGCGGAAGGUAAAGAUAGCGAAGAAGCCUCAAGUGAUAUAAAAGACAACCAGUGGCUUGUUCAGAAAUAUAAGGGUCUAGCGUUGAAAAGAUUUAACGCCAUCCCUAAAUUCUAUAAACAAUUCGAAGAUGAUCAAUUGGAUUUCCAUUCAUAUUGUAUGAGAAAAGGUACGCCAAGAGCUUAUCUGGAUAUGUUAGAAUGGGGAAAGAGACUUUAUACCAAGCCUAUGUAUGUUCGCGCCAUGAAGGGAGCAUCAAAACUUUACUUUCAAAUGUAUGAUGAUCACUUGAAAAGGAAUUCUGAUUAUGUGGAGGAAAAUUCCGAUGAUACUGGGAAUAAUGGCAACAGCACCAGUAGCCAAAAGAAAAAAGCUAAAAAGGAGGCUGCUGCCAUGAACAAGCGGAAAGAAAUCGAAGCCAAGAGUGUUGCAGCCUAUUCGAAUGAUCAAGAUAGCGAUGUAUUUGGCGAAAAAUUAAUAGAAACCGCCACGCCAAUGGAAGACUUUGCGACUGAAUUUUAUAAUAACUACUCUAAACAAGUCAGAGAAGACGAAAAAGAUUUUGUCUUGGAUUUUGAAUUCAACUAUAGAGUUGGAAAAUUGGCUUUGUGUUUUGCCUCUUUGAACAAAUUCGCUAAGAAAUUUGGGUCCAUGAACGGUUUAUUUGGAAGUAUGGUGAUAGUUUUACUACGCGCCACAAGAAACGACGCUUCUUUUGAUCAAAUUUUAAAGAAAGUAGUCACGAAGAGCCUUGAAAAAGACUAUUCUGAGAUUUUGCCGUUAAGUGAAGUAUCGAACAAUAACUUUGAUUGGUUGAAGUUUUACCAAGAAACAUUCGGUGGAAACGAUACAAGAGGCCUACUAUUCCUAUACCGCUACUGUGAGGAUGUCGCCAUAGAGCAAUCUAUUCUGAAAGAAGUAAUUAUCAAUAACAUUUCUUCUCUGGAACCUCACGCUCAAAACGAAAUUCUACAGUACCAAUUAUAA